AUGGAACAAAAACCAACGUACUCUUCGUCAGCUCCAGCGAAAUCGUCAAUUAUCGAGUAUUAUACCAGUGAAAGGGCGAAGGCUGAUCUCGGAAAGGCUAUCGGCAGGGAUCUGCCUCCCAAGGUUGACUUUAGUUCGUACAAAGCUUCCAAGGAAGAGAGAACCUCGUUGCAAAAAUCAAGUUCACGCGGGCUGUCUGCCAAGGGCGUUACAUCCCAGUCAAACGAUCCUCAGAAUUUCGCCGGUGAAAUCAGUGAUGAGGAAACUGCAGCGAGGUCAGAUACGAAGAAGCUGCUUAGGGAUUACGCCUCCUCGUUUAAGACGACACCAGUGGCAAGAGAAGUUGGCGAUAGGUAUGGAGGAAGCUUACACAAGGAUGCAUCCUCCGGCAUUAAGCUCGUGCAGCGGGGUAGCCACCGAGGCGAAGUUGCAGCUUCAAAGUGCAACGACUUCAGCUCUAGAAGCCACACAAUCUUCACAAUCACGACCUACAUCAAAAAAGUCAAUGAUCCCGGCGAGGACUGUAUUUCUUCCGGAAAAUUGAACCUGGUGGAUGUCGCUGGAAGUGAAAAUAUCCAGCGUAGCGGUACUGAAAAUAAGCGAGCAACGGAAGUUGGCUUGAUCAACAAGAGUCUCCUUACCACUGGACGCGUCAUCAAUGCUUUAGUUGAUAAGAGAUCUCAUAUCCCUAUCGAGAAUCUAAGUUGA